UUAUGUGUUGGACAGCAAGACAGUAACCCAGUUUUAGAAGCAAAGUGCGCAGAUGCUAGCUAAAUUGUUAAAUGUUAAAUAGAUGCUAACUUUUUAUGUAAAGUUUGCGUAGUGUUAGCUACUUAUUUGAUCCCGUUAACUAACGUUAACGUUAACAAAAGAUUUGGUAUAUAUACUCGAGUAACCAGGCUAAGUACUAUUUUGAGAAUGUAGUGUUGAUGGUGCUAAGGAAGCAGAGAAUGGGGUAUCCUCAUCUCCAACUGAAAUACAGUCUCCUGUAAUGGAUCGUAACCCAUCACCACCCCCAGACCCAGCUGAUAGAGAAGAGAAUGAAGAUUUGGAUGCCAUUGGAGACACUGUUUACAGCAAGCACUGGCUUUUCAGCACUCUGACUCGUCUCAUCCAUAUGGUCACAGAGCAUACAGAGGAGGACUGUGAGGGUCAAAUACAGCUCCCUGAAGAAGAUGAGGAAGCUCUAUGUAGGAUCUGGGAUAUGGCGAUGGAUAAGGAUGUGGCUGGUUUUCUGCAGGAAUUCAAAGCUGCAGAUAUUCUUCUUGGAGUGAUAGCCAAGUCUCGUUGUCCACGUCUCACAGAAAUUUGUGUGGGCAUUCUUGGGAACAUUGCUUGUUUUCCUGAAACGUGUCUGACGCUGAGCCAGAAUGAAGACUUAGGUGCCGUGCUGUUGCUUCUUCUCGGAGAUACAGAUCCUCCAACCCUUCUAGAAACAAGCAGAUUGCUGCUGACAUGUGUCUCCCAGAAAGAUGUCUGCUCCUUGUGGCUUCAGCGAAUACGACAGCAGACAUCUGUGUGCUCCAACCUCUGUUUCAUCAUGUGCAGUUCUACGAACACGGACCUGCUCGAGAAGGUCGGAGAGCUGGUUGACAAACUGUUUGACCUUGAUGAAGAGCUGAUGAAGAGCUGGAUCACAGCUCAGUCAAGUAAGGAGGAUGAUGCUGGUGAAAGCCAUCUGGAUGUGGCCUCAUGCCUUCUCGAGGCAGCCAAGCAGCUUAGAUCAGAGAGUCCAAGUGGCUUAGUGGUUUACCUUCAUAUCUGCCAACUCGUCACCACCAUAGCAGAAGGCAUUCAGGUUUUUGCCGCCCCUGAUGGACCCGGCAAAGCACUGUGGGACUUUGUCUGUGACGUUGUAUGUAAGGACCUCUGCCAGCCAAAUGAUCUUCCAGUUGUCCUGCAAGAGCAGAGCGGCAUUUUGAUCCAGGCAUUUUCUGUGCUUCAGGCUCUUUAUAGAUGCCAGGAUCAGUGGUGCAGCAAAACUGACACAAGUCUGCCCCUCAUUGGGACCAUUUUGCGAGUACUCCAGUACCACAGUGAGUGCAAAGAUGACAGUACCAGCAAAGAAGAGACAAAAGAUGAACAGCUCCAGACUCUGGCAGAGGUCACAGCUGAGUUUCUAGCUGACAUCUGCAUUCAGAUUCCCAAGGACACUGUGGCAGAUUUGGUGAAGAAAGGUUUCCUGACAGAGAAGACCUGUUUAACAGCUGUGGUCAGUUUACUUCCCAACUUUAAGAAUUCAUUUCAGCACCUGCAGUCCAUGUUGUCAGAGACUGAUCCCCAACUGGCAGAUGUGAUGAGGAAACGGUUUCCUCUCUGAGGUGUCAAAAAGAUCAGCAUUCAGGAUUCAUUCAGCCUCUCAACACUGCUUUUUAUAGAGGCCUCUGUGGAUGGAUGGAUCAGACUAUUUGCAUUUUUGGUGGAAAGACUCCGAUAUCAAACCAUCACAAAUGCCAGCCAAAGACUAUUGCUCUUUUUUUGUAAGCCACUCUUAACUAAAGUCUGUAAGAAGCUGUGCUCAUAUUUAGUUUUAAUUAUUCUGAGAACAUUUUAUAAACAUUUGACAGUCUUUUUGUUAACUAUCAUUUGUGUUAAUAAGCUUUUACUGAAUUAUUAUUAUUAUUAUCCUUGAUGCAUGCUUGAUCUUAAAACAGUCAGCAGAACAGUCUGUAGAGUGGUUCUUCACUUUUUCAAACUAAAACAAUGGGCACAACACGCAUGACUAAUACUGUUCAACAGACUUAACAUGGCAUCAUAUCAUCGCAUCAAAAGUCACUAAAUUUUAUAGGCAGUUGUAGGUGGUUGUCAACGAGCAUUCCGACAUUAACAUGUUUUUUUUUAUUUAAAACUAAAUAAACCACUGGUACAAUGAAGAUUUUACCAUAUUUUUGUACAUUUUUACAUAUACUCUCUUUAUAAUGUAC